AUGGCGAACACACGCCAGGUCGCCGGUACCGCCGACCUCAACCUCAUAGAGGCUCCUAUCUCCCUGCGAGCCUACCUCAUCUGUGGCUUUGCCAGCUUCGGAGGUAUUCUCUAUGGAUAUGACUCUGGCUACAUCUCCGGUGUGCUCGGCAUGGAUUAUGUCAAGGAACACUUUGGAAAUUCCCGUGUUCCCACCAAGGAAGAUCCAUCAGAGUGGAUCAUUCCCAGUUCCCGAAAGUCGCUCAUUACUUCCAUCCUGUCCGCUGGUACCUUCUUCGGUGCCCUUCUCGGAGGUGUGCUCGCUGAGCACUUCGGUCGUCGUCUCACUAUCAUGAUCUCCUGCUUGCUUUUCUCCAUCGGUGUAGCCGUCCAGGUUGGAACCGUCAACGUCGGUGGUCUUGUUGCUGGUCGUCUGAUCGCUGGUCUCGGUGUUGGAGGUGUUUCCUCGACUGUCAUUCUGUAUGUCUCUGAGAUCGCGCCUCGCAAGGUCCGUGGUCUACUCGUUUCCGGCUACCAGUGGGCUAUCACCAUCGGUUUGCUCGUUGCUUCUGCCGUCAGUCAAGGCUGUAAAAAUAUCGAUAGUCGCUCGUCUUACCGUAUUCCUAUUGGAUUGCAGUUCAUUUGGGCUGCUAUUCUGGCUGGUGGGCUGUUUCUACUUCCUGAAUCCCCUCGGUAUUACGUGAAAUGCGGCCGCAUAGACGAUGCUCUACGCUCACUUGAGCGUGUUCGUGGACAGUCCCAAUCCAAUGCUGCCAUCCAAGCCGAGCUUGCUGAGAUCCAGGCAAAUUUCGAAUAUGAAAAACAAAUUGCGAGCACGUCCUGGGGUGACUGUUUCAAGGGGGGGCUUUCUGCGCGUGGAAAUCUCCGUCGUGUCAUAAUGGGUGCUUCUUUGCAGAUGUUCCAGCAGUGGACUGGUAUCAACUUCAUCUUCUACUACGGUACCACCUUCUUCCAGGAAGUUGGUCUCAAGAACCCAUUUCUGAUGUCGACUAUUAUGAACAUAGUCAACGUUGUCACUACUCCAGCAUCUUUCUGGAUGAUCGAGAAACUGGGAAGGCGUUCUUUACUCAUUUACGGUGCUCUCGUCAUGCUAGUCUGCGAAUUCAUCGUUGCAAUUGUGGGCGUUACCAGAGAAGGGACACAUGCCGCGAGCGUUUCCCUCAUUGUCUUCACUUGCUUCUACAUCGCAGCUUUUGCCAUGACCUGGGGCCCAGCUGCCUGGGUAGUCAUCGGCGAGAUCUACCCGCUGCCCAUCCGAGCCAAAGGUGUUGCCAUUGCAACUGCAUCUAACUGGCUCUGGAACUGCAUCAUUGCCGUGAUCACUCCAUACAUGGUCGAUGAGUCCGAGGGUAACCUGAAAGUCAAAGUCUUCUUUGUCUGGGGCAGUGCACUCAUCUUGUGUCUCUUGUUCGCUUUUUUCAUCGUUCCUGAGACCAAGGGUCUGAGUUUGGAGCAGGUUGACAAGAUGCUCGAGGAGACUACUCCCAUGACUAGUGCCAAGUGGAAGCCUCACGAGACUUUCGCGCAUGAAAUGGGCAUGGUCGACAAGAUCGAGCCUACUAUCAGCCACCACGAACAAAAGGGCACUGCCGUGACGGAGCACGACGAUACCAUUUGA